AUGGCCCAGCAGUUCUCGGCUGCACAGGAGCAGACUGAGGCGAUCCGACAUUCUGCCCCUGCGGGCAGCUGCUAUGGCUACCCCAAGGAGGAGAUUGUAUACAAGUGGAAACGCAGCUCAGUGGAGGUUGGAGACAUCCGCUCCUGGCGUCUUUACCAGUUCUCCUUUGUUGGCCUGAGAAAUACCACAGAGGUUGUCAGGACUGUGUCAGAUGGCUACCCCAAGGAGGAGAUUGUAUACAAGUGGAAACGCAGCUCAGUGGAGGUUGGAGACAUCCGCUCCUGGCGUCUUUACCAGUUCUCCUUUGUUGGCCUGAGAAAUACCACAGAGGUUGUCAGGACUGUGUCAGGAGAUUAUGUGGUUCUGACCGUCUUCUUUGACUUAAGCAGAAGGAUGGGUUAUUUCACCAUCCAGACAUAUAUCCCCUGUACCUUGAUCGUUGUUCUGUCCUGGGUUUCAUUCUGGAUCAACAAGGAUGCAGUGCCAGCCAGAACUUCUUUGGGAAUCACAACUGUGCUUACCAUGACCACUUUGAGUACCAUUGCUAGGAAGUCCUUACCCAAAGUGUCGUACGUCACAGCUAUGGAUCUCUUCGUAUCGGUGUGCUUCAUCUUUGUUUUCGCCGCUCUGAUUGAGUACGGAACGCUCCACUACUUUGUGAGCAACCGCAAGCCCAGCAAAAACAAAGACAAGAGGAAGAAAAAUCCUCUCCUGCGGCUCUUUUCCUCAAAGGCCCCCACUGUGGACAUUCGCCCGCGCUCAGCCACCGCCAUCCAGAUGAACAACGCCACCCACAUGCAGGAGCGGGACGAGGAAUACGGCUACGAGUGUCUGGAUGGGAAGGACUGCUCCAGCUUCUUCUGCUGCUUUGAGGACUGUCGCUCAGGAGCGUGGCGGCACGGCCGUUUGCACAUCCGUGUCACUAAGAUAGACUCUUACGCACGCAUUUUCUUUCCUACUGCAUUUGGUCUAUUCAACGUAGUUUACUGGUUUUCCUAUCUCUAUCUUUAAUUAGUUUUUUUGUUUUUUAAAUAGGCUGGCCUUAUUUUAUGUUACAGAUUCCAGCAAGACCCUUUCUUGGAAAUGUGAACCCACUGAAAAGAUUUAAGGUGUAUUGUGUUGUUGUUGUUGUUUUUUAAAGCUCAUUUUAGGAUUUUUUUUUUUUUCGUGCAUUUACGUAAUAUGUGAAUUGUUGGUUAGUCUAUGUUUACAUCUUUUUCUAGAAAGUAUAUCUUGUGCAUAAAGCAAAAGUUGUAGCAAAAAAAAAAAAGUCAGUGAAAACCUGCAUCUGUAAGAUUAUUCCUGAAUCGUGUAGAGCGAAAAGCAGAAGACCUGAGUACUGCAUGCCUACAUGUCCUUUUAGCCCCUAAAGAGCAAGCACUAAACAGAUUUUGGGAACCUUCUUCAAAUGCAUGGCUGUCAGGCCUAUAUGAGGAAAAAGCAAUCAAACAAAUACUAACAAAUGUGUCAGAGACUUUAUUUGUACAUGCUCUUAUUAUUUGUGCAUUCUAAAGCGCAAAUGUACAAAUUGAAGUGUUUGAAAUUUCUAUGCCACUUGUAACCCUGCAGUUUUUCAUGUGUUGGUCACGGCUGGUAAAACGUACGGUCACCUGUACAAAUGUUGUAAAUAUAUUAAUACUGUAUAAUGUAGUGAUAUACAUCAUAUGCAUGCACCUUUUAGGCCAAAAAUGAGCAAAAGUCUUCUAUUGUCAUCAAUUAAAAAGAGUCAGGAAACGUAACUGGAACAGGCAACAUUUUACAACAUUUCUUGCCACUAUUAGAUGUCAGUCAUUUAUACAGUAAAUGCACAAUGAUAUUGUUACAUGUAUAAAUAAGUACUGUAUUCAAUUUUCACAUCAUUUUGGGUAUCGGUAUGAGCCUCCUUUCCAUUCUUGGAUAUAUAACUAAAUGAGUCCUGCUCCUCUUUCAGUUUUAAGUUGCUGGGGUGAGUAUUCUGAUACUACAUACUCUACUAUAGUCAUAUUUUACCCUAUUUUAUUAUUAGUGUCUAUUAUUUUAUUUUGUUGGAACUAAGAUGGUUUAAAACUAUCAAACGUUUUCGUUUACCAGCACCGUCUCAAGUUUUCCAGAAACGUGUAACAGAAUGUUGUCAAACAAAAUGUCUAUAUGCAUUUUAAUUUUUUGUUCAUGUAUUAAUUUAUGUUGUAAUAAUAAACUGGGCUAAAAACAUAGGAGGAGGGUCGCCAUUGCACUCUAUGCUAUACAUUUCAGUUGACAAGCUCUGAGCUUAUUUCAGUGAAUUUAGUAAAUAAUCUGUAGAUGGAUAUGUUAAUGUGUGUUACUCAGCUUCAG